AUGGAGCAUUAUAAUCCAAGAAGCGUGGAAGAAGUUUUCAAAGAAUUCAAGGGUCGAAGGACUGCCUUACUCACAGCUCUCACUAAGGAUUUUGAUGAAGUUUAUAGGCAGUGUAACACUCCAGCUCAGAAUUGGAAGCUUUGCCUUAUUGGACAUCCGGGGGAACGAUGGGAAGUGAAUUUAGCAGAAGAAGAAAUGGAUGCAAUGCUUCCUCAACCCCUUAGGGGCAUUAACUUUGGUCAAGAAAGAAUGGAGAAAAGGGAGUGGCUCACUAUGGUUGCAAUUCAUAGUGACAUAUGGCUACUUCGUGUUGCAUUCAAUUUUAGUUCAAGAUCUGGCCAUAACAAAGCUGAUAGGAAUCGACUUUUCGAUAUGAUAAAUAAACUCCCUACAAUUUUAGAAGUUGUGUCCGGGAAAGAAAAGGAAAUAGUGUGUGGAGAAUGCAAUGAGGGGUAUAUAGUAGGUGACUUGUGGAAACAGUGUUUUGAAUGCGAAAGCUCUUUCCAUUUGAUGAAAUGCCUCAAAUUCAACAAGGAUAAGCGUCGUCAUCAGCAAUUUGUAUGUUCUUCGUGUGCACUCGAACCAUUAGCCAAAAGUGCCGCAGGGGAAUCCACAAAAAUGGGAAAAUUUUGA